UUCUCUGUAUGAAAUCCUGCAACAUUCGUUCCCAUUAUUUAAGUGUUAUAUUGGCUGUGGCUCAGUGAUACCCUCCCUAAACGCCGCUAUUUCUCAGGCGCUACAUCUUUAUCUAGACGGAGAGAAUGGGUGCGUUAUAGCGGUGCGUUAUAGCGGUGCGUCUUGGGACGUCCGCGUCUUGUUGAGUCCUAGCUGUUCUACUGCACCAAACCAGGAGAGGAGAGCUUUCUUUAUUAACGUUGUGUUUCUGCUGAUGCGGCAAAACUGCAGUGCAGAGCAGAGCGGAGCCGGGAAGGGAAAUGGUUGUGUGUCCUCUCUCUGUCUCUCUCUCUCUCUCUCUCUCUCUCUCUCUCUCUCUCUCUCUCUCUCUCUCUCUCUCUCUCUCUCUGCCCCACUAACGUGUUCAGCUCAAACCCUCUCACUCACACCAUCUUCAUUUCACGACCACGCCGCUGGAGAGCGCAGCCACGCGUGACGGUCAAAAAGACCCAAGUGGGAACUACUAGUCGGUGUUGUCGUCCGUUGGAGAGGAGCUCGAGUUAACGACUUUUAUUUCUUUCGUAUUAUAUUUCAUUCUCUCUAUUCCUCGUUCGUACCGUUUCUUCAGCAUGGUUUUAAAUUGCCUGUCAAGAGAUUUACGCUGCUUCCCGAGGCGGUUCAGAGCCGUUCGGUACGUCAAAAAGGUCGCCCUAGUCGACAUUGGAAGCAAAUAACACGGGAAUAACGUGGAUAAUAUUAACGGUCUGCUCCAGGCGACAUUAGAAGCCAAUAACACUGGAAAAACGUGGAUGAUAUUAACGGUCCGCUCCAGUCGACGUUAGAAGCCAUUAACACUGGAAUAACGUGGAUGAUAUUAACGAAGACAGUACAGUCAGUCUAUGACUAUUUCACCGAAGCUCGUACUGUACAGUGCAGUAAAGUGAUAUCCACUACCUUUAAAACAAAACCGGGACUGCAAAGUUGUAGCCGUGGCUGGCUGGGUCUACCACCACCACCACCACCACCACCAAACGGAAAUCCAGGUGGAAGACGAAGGAGGAGGAGAAGAAGGAAUGGAGGACUACUCGGAGAGAGGAGCAAAGGAGCCUUAAAGGGAGCGACGCUUGGCGAGCUAACCCUCUGUCUGCCUGGCCCGGGUGAAUGCAAGGGGGAUUUCUAUCAGACAGAAGAGAGAGAGAGAGAGAGAGAAGAGAGAGAGAGAGAGAGAGAGAGAGAGAGAGGAAAUCUGAGGCGUGCAGUGAGAGCUACUGGAUGCCUGGCCCCCCCUCCUCACCGGGCUGAGCCGAGCAUCUCCUGCCGCAUAGCGCUGCGCUGAGCCCGGGCAACAACGCCAGGAUGACUGUGGUGGCCGGAGAUAACAUGGAUGAGACGUCCACCCUGCCGGGACACCUGCAGGACACCUACCCACCUGACCACAAUGACCACGAGUGCUGCGAGAGGGUUGUCAUUAAUAUCUCGGGUUUGCGCUUCGAGACCCAGUUAAAAACACUGAGCCAGUUCCCUGAGACGUUACUUGGUAACCCCAAAAAAAGAAUGCGUUACUUCGAUCCGCUUAGAAACGAGUACUUUUUUGACCGGAACCGGCCUAGUUUUGACGCUAUUCUAUAUUACUAUCAGUCCGGUGGACGGUUGAGGAGACCCGUUAACGUUCCUCUGGAUAUGUUCUCCGAGGAAAUCAAGUUUUACGAGCUCGGAGCAGAGGCAAUGGAGAAGUUUAGAGAAGACGAGGGUUUUAUUAGAGAAGAGGAAAAACCUUUACCAGAAAAAGAGUUUCAACGACAGGUCUGGCUACUGUUUGAAUACCCGGAGAGUUCGGGACCAGCCAGAGGGAUUGCUAUCGUAUCUGUAAUGGUUAUCUUAAUUUCAAUAGUCAUAUUCUGUUUGGAAACGCUGCCAGAACUCAAAGAGGACCCCAGGGGUAGGAUGGAAACUGUAGGCAACGUGACAUUCUAUUAUAAACCAAAUAUUCUCACAGAUCCUUUCUUUAUAGUGGAGACACUGUGUAUUAUCUGGUUCUCCUUCGAGUUGAUAGUACGGUUCUUCGCCUGUCCUAGUAAGGCAGCUUUCUUUAAAAACAUGAUGAAUACUAUAGACAUAGUAGCUAUCAUACCCUACUUCAUCACGCUGGGUACCGAGCUGGCGGAGGACCAGGAAGGGAAGGAGAAACCAAGCGAACAAGCUGCGUCUCUGGCCAUCCUCAGGGUCAUCCGACUGGUCCGGGUGUUUAGGAUCUUCAAGUUGUCCAGACACUCCAAGGGGCUUCAGAUAUUAGGACAAACACUCAAAGCAAGUAUGAGAGAAUUGGGUCUGCUCAUUUUCUUCCUCUUCAUCGGAGUCAUCCUCUUCUCCAGCGCUGUCUAUUUCGCCGAAGCGGAAGAGAAGGAAUCUUUCUUCACGAGCAUCCCCGACGCCUUCUGGUGGGCCGUGGUCUCCAUGACGACGGUGGGCUACGGGGACAUGUACCCGGUGACCAUCGGUGGAAAGAUAGUGGGUUCGCUCUGUGCCAUCGCCGGAGUGUUGACCAUCGCGUUACCGGUUCCCGUGAUCGUGUCCAAUUUUAACUAUUUCUAUCACCGGGAGACGGAGGGAGAAGAGCAAGCGCAGCUUCUUAACGUCAGCAACCAGGACCUGAACUCAGACAGCAACUCGUCGCGUCGCAGCUCCAACUCUAUCGCCAGCAAGUCAGAAUACAUGGAGAUAGACGAGGGAAUCAACAAUAGUAUUGAUAACUUCAGGGACGCGAAUCUCAGAACUUCUAACUGUACUACUGUCCUCAACCAGAACUGUGUGAAUAAGGGCAAGCUGCUGACUGACGUGUAGAAAUAUUUAGACAUCAAUUCUAUAUGGCAGCAAUAGACAUCAUGAGGAUAUAAUGAGGACACACGCCGUUCGUUGUAAAUAUUGUUUUAAGACAUUUUUUUUGUUUCUUCUCCGGAAUGCUUGAUUUUAACUUCGUUAAAUGCGUUUUUUGCAUUGCGUUAAUUACAUUUGAAUGAAUAGAGAGAAAACUAUUUCACCAAAAGAGGAUAAAUAUUUAAAAAAAAUAAAAAGUUUGUUUGACAUCAAAAUGGGAACGAUAAGGAUUAUAAUAACAUAUAUUAUCUUUAUGUUCCUAUCGUGACGGAGAUCACCUGGAACACACCUGCAUCUGAAAUAUGAAACGGGUUUUGCAUGGAUAAUGGAUAAUGGAUCAUGGAUAAUGGAUAAUGGAUAAUGAUAAUGGAUAAUGGAUAAUGGAUCAUGGAUCAUGGAUCAUGGAUCAUGGAUAAUGGAUUACAGUGGAACUUGGAGGAGGGCGAGUUGCGUAAUGCAACUGCAUCUGCUGAAGAAAGAGAAAAGGAAUAUGGAAUCUCAGCUCUCAGCCCGAAACGCAAACCCAACAAAGCAUCUGCAGUCAGAUAGAGAGAGAGAGAGAAAGAGAGAGAGAGAGUGAGAGAGAGAGAGAGAGAGAAAGAGAGAGUGAGAG